AUGUCAUCGGAAAACUCACAUCAUACUGGAAGAACUGCAGUUAAUGUUGAAGAUUCCUGUUGGAGUCUUCGUAAUGGAUAUUCAUGCGUACCAAUUGCAUUAACUGAAGGUUUAGAUAUUCGCGUAAAUACAGCGGUUAAAAAAAUUAAAUAUUUUCCCGGAGGAGUUGAAAUUACAACAGAAAAUUUAAAGACAAAUAAUUCAUCUGUAACAUAUAAAGCUGAUCUUGCCUUAUGUACAUUAACACUUGGUGUUCUUAAAGUAGCUACCUCAUCAGCAUCAACAAAUCAAGCAAAUACUGUUAAAUUUGAUCCACCAUUACCAGAAUGGAAACAAGCUGCCAUACAACGUUUAGGUUUUGGUAAUUUAAAUAAAGUUGUCCUUUGUUUUGAUCGUAUAUUUUGGGAUCCAAAUUCAAAUCUAUUUGGUCAUGUUGGAACAACAACAGCAAGUCGAGGUGAACUCUUUUUAUUUUGGAGUAUAUCACAAUCACCAGUAUUAUUAGCUUUAGUAGCUGGUCAAUCAGCAGCUAUAAUGGAAAGUGUAUCUGAUGAUGUAAUUGUUGGAAGAUGUAUUGCUGUAUUGAAAGGAAUUUUUGGUAAUACUUCUGUACCACAACCAAAAGAGACUGUUGUCACAAGAUGGCGAGCCGAUCCAUGGGCCAGAGGUUCAUAUAGUUUUGUUUCAGUUGGCUCAUCUGGAAGUGAUUAUGAUUUGCUAGCAGCUCCAGUUACACCAAAUGGUAGUGAAACAGAACCAACAUUAGCAUCAGAAGAAGAUAGUAAAGAAAUGCCAAGAUUAUUUUUUGCUGGAGAACACACCAUUAGAAAUUAUCCUGCAACUGUUCAUGGGGCUUUUUUAAGUGGUCUUAGAGAAGCUGGACGUAUUGCUGAUUAUUAUCUUGGUUUUCCAUCAAAUUCUGAAAAUAAUUCUCCAAAAGAAUAGUUUUAAAUUAAAAUAUGGAUUUUAUUUUUAAUUUUAUCUGUAAUAAUAGUUUUAUACCUACAAAACAUUUAAUUUAAUGCGUAAUAUUAUUAU